CCAAGCCGCAAGUGGGUCAAGUCCAAUUCGGAUAGUUCCGACACUUUUUUUUUUAAGACACCUAAGAUACUUGUGGCAAUGGUGUAUCGAGCGUUGUUGGGACUAUUAUUCAUACUAGGACUAACAAAAUCAGCAUUCUGUUGCUCCUGUUACAUGCCUCGUUAUCAAAACUCCUUCUGCAAUGCUGAAUUUGCAAUAACUGCAAACGUCACUGCCGCGGAACUUUACUUCCGGGAUGGCAGAAGUCUGGAUUCUUAUGUCAGGGAAAGUAUCAUCCCUAACAGAAUGGAUCGUCAAGAGUACAACUACUCCAUUGAUAUACUUGAAAUCUUUAAGAGGUCUGCAUCUUUUGAGGUGGCAGACAAAGAUUAUGUGACAUCUGAUGCUUUUGACGGGUCCUGUGGUAUUGAACUGUCUUUGGGAACUGUAUACUAUAUGACAGGAUAUAUCCGAAAUAACCAUAUGGUAGUGUCUUCCUGCUUCACAACUACUCCAUUUUCUGAGCUGAAGGCGGGGCAAUUGGCUGGAAUCCGAGGAUUAUAUUCGACUAACUGUAAAUGCAGGGUAAAUGAAAUGCUGCUUGGGAGAUGGAAGAGCAAGCGAGUGUGCCACGCAGAAUGGUAUUCUCCGUGCGAGGAGCAGCAAGCUGUUUGCGUCAAAAGAAGAGGUGGAAAAUGUGCAUGGCGCUUUCUUGAACGGAAACCGUGUCCUUUAGAUAAAUAAUUGGAAAUGUAGUAUUUCUGGUAUCUGUGCCAUGACGGAGAGGUCGGCAUCUCAUGACGCUCUUUUCAGGCUUCGUUUGUGUAUGUGAUAAAGAACUGAGAUGUAUUUUAUAGUAAGAUUUUUACUUGAUAUAGAAAACAUUGUUUAACACUUAUAACAAACCAAUAAGUUCUUGAAAAUAAAACUCUUCUUUUAUGUA